UUCAGAUUGGCCUCGGAGCUCGCAAUUGGACCACAAACCCAUGCGAUCCAGCAGCCUCCUUGCAGGCGUCGUCUUGGCGCUCGCAGCGCUCGGCGCCGCCGACGAGCAGCAGCAUGCCAUGGAAGACAUUGACCAGGAUGGCAUCAUGGGCACGGACGAGCUCUCGGACCUGCGGGCGAAGCUGCAGCACGCCUUUGACGUCGACAACAGCGGUCGCCUCGAGAAGGACGAAAUGCGCACGGUGCUUGAGGUCGAGCAUGUUUCGCGCGAGUUCAACCAGCUCGAUGCCAACGCCGACUCGUACAUCUCGGUUGCGGAGCUCGAGUCGCGCUGGGACGAGCUUGGGUCCGAGAUGACCGUUGAAGAGGUGGCCGACUGGGUCUCCUACUCGGUCCAGCUGCCGCAGUACUACGACAACUUUCGCAAGCACUUUGUGUCGGGCUACACCUUUCCGCUGCUCAUGGACAAGAACGGCGAGCGGCUCAAGGACCUCGGUGUCUCGUCCAGCUUGCACCGACACCAGCUUGCGCUCAUGAUGAAGCGCAAGAUCGCAGGCGUUGGGAAAGUACCGCUCACGGCGCAGGAGCCGUCGUGCCGGGUGAGCCAAAAGCCGUCCCGCGCGCCCAAGUACAAGCUGUCGUGGAAGGCCAUCGACGAGCGCCCGUCGCCGUCGUACCAGGUCCAAGUCCAGCGCAACAACGUGUGGGAGACAGUAUUUUUCGGCAAGCAGACGAGCUACAGCGAGACGGCGACCGAAUACGACGACUUUCGCAUCACAGCGUGGAACGCCUUUGGCCGCAGCCUGCGUGUCGAGCUCGAGUGCCCCGCGGUGCCGUCGGCGAUGCCCUUGACUCGUGGCGUCUCGCCGGUGGAGCCCCAGGACGUCGUUAGCGACGACGAUGUAUCGUUCUUUGGCCUUCUCAAGGCCUACCUCUGGUGGCUCGACGAGGUGCUCCUCAUGGGCGCGCUCAUCUUCUUCCCGAUGCGCGCGUACAUUUAUGGCGACGUCAACUUUCUUCUGCGCGUCUUCCGCCGGCUCCCGCCUCUCUCGCCGACGCGCGUCGUCGUCGAGGUCGAGCACGAAGACCCGGCGAACCCGUCGCUGACCGAAGCCCGCGUCCGCGUGUCGUGGGAAAAGCCGGUCGAGAACGGCGUCCCGAUUGUGUGCUACUGCGUCCGGUACACGGACGAGAAGGACAACCACCAGUACCUCAAGAUGACGUCGCUGCCGCUGCCGACCGUGUGCCGCCUCUCGCCGCUGCGGUAUGGCGAAACCUACAAGUUUGUCGUCGAGGCCACGAACGCGUUUGGGCUCAAGUCGCGCUCGUCGCAGUCGACGUACAUGGUGAGCCUCCCCGUGCGCACGGCGCCCGCGACGCUCGACAAGAAGCGCUCGAGCGUGCUCCGCAACCAGUGCUACCUCUGCGCCGACCCGACGAUGCCCAAGACUGCGGCCAUGGAGUUUCUCGACGCGCUCAUUUUGCACUUUUGCUCCAAGUGCGACCGCGAGUUUUGCCAUGCACACCGCCGGUACACCAACCACAGUCGCGCCAUGAGCUGCCCGGCCGUGAACGGCAAGUGCGUCUGCUACCGCUGUGAAUACGUCAAGCCCGAACACAAGUAAUAAUCCAUCGUCCUUCUACACUA